AUGCGAGCGGGAUUGAAUGGCGGCGUUGGGAGAUGUCUUGAUGCUGGAGCCAAGCGCGGCACGUAUCGGGUUUCCCUGGGGGCGACGAGAUCUUUGGCGACUGUUUCAGAUCGUCCGGUGGUUGGCUUGGGGCCGUUGGAGGAGUAUGACCGGCGAGUGGACGCUGGGAUUCUGCGGAAUGACGAGCAUCAACGAGGCAUCAUCGAGAACUUGCAACAUCUCCACAAUGAGCUUCGCAACUACCAUGCACCGCCCGUUGUCCAUCCCAGCUUCGAUCUCCUCAAGCCCGCCAAGAAAUCCGUCUUCUCGUCGUUAUUUGGCAAUGGAGGCGCCGCAAAGGCUACGAUCAAGGAUAUUCCCGAAAAUCUACCUCGUGGAUUGUAUUUGUUCGGUGACGUGGGCAGUGGCAAGACGAUGCUCAUGGACCUAUUUUACGAUACCCUGCCCAGCACGGUCAGGACAAAGACGAGGAUACACUUCCACAACUUUAUGCAGGAUGUCCACAAGAGGCUGCACAAGUUGAAGAUGCAGCAUGGUAGUGACGUUGAUGCCGUGCCGUUUGUUGCGGCGGACAUUGCGGAGCAGGGUAAUGUGCUUUGCUUUGACGAGUUUCAGUGCACGGAUGUGGCAGAUGCCAUGAUUCUGCGAAGACUACUAGAAAGCCUCAUGUCUCACGGUGUAGUCCUGGUAACGACGUCGAACCGCCACCCUGAUGACCUCUACAAGAACGGUAUCCAGCGGGACUCAUUCAUCCCGGCCAUCAAGCUGCUCAAGAACCGCCUACACGUCAUCAAUCUCGAUUCACCAACCGACUACCGCAAGAUCCCUCGGCCCCCCUCGGGGGUAUACCACACCGCUCUGGACCAGCACGCCGAAUCGCACGCAGAAAAAUGGUUCCGCUUCCUCGGCGACUCGGAGAACUUUGCGCCACGGUCCGAGACGCAAAGGGUCUGGGGGCGCGAGAUUUUCGUCCCGCGCGUCAGCGGGCGGUGCGCCUGGUUCACGUUUGACGAGCUCAUCAAGAAGCCCAAGUCGGCGGCCGACUACCUCGAGCUGGUGCGCAAGUACGAUGCCUUUAUCGUCACCGAGGUGCCCGGCAUGACGAUUCGCGAGCGGGACCUUGCGCGCCGCUUCAUUACGUUUAUCGACGCUGUUUACGAGGGCAAUGCUAAGCUGGUGCUCACUACGGAGAAGCCACUGGCUGAGCUGUUUGUCUCGCGGGACGAAAUCGCCGAGAGCCUCUUGCAAAGUAACCCGACAGCCGAGACUACAAAGGCCGCUACGGAAAACGUGAUGGAGAAUCUCGAAUCUAGCGUCGUCGAUAAGCUCAAGAACUCGAACCUGUUUGCCGGUGAGGAGGAGGCAUUUGCGUUUGCCAGAGCCUUGAGUCGGUUGAGCCACAUGGAGAGCAAAGAGUGGGUGGAAAGAGGGCUUGGGCUGGAGAGCCAGGGAGGCAAGGAAGAUAAAGACAGCUGGACGAAGACGCGAAGUCGACAGAUGGAGGAUUCGAUGUGA